AGAAAUGGCGGGUGCGUUCGUGGCGGUGUUCCUGCUGGCGCUGCUGUACGAGGGGCUGAAGAUCUCGCGGGAGGCCUUACUCAGGAAGUCACAAGUCAGUAUUCGCUAUAACUCCAUGCCGGUGCCGGGGCCCAAUGGGACCAUACUGAUGGAGACCCACAAAACAGUAGGGCAGCGGAUGCUGAGUGUGCCCCACCUGCUGCAGACCCUACUGCACAUAAUCCAGGUAGUGGUGAGCUACUUCCUGAUGCUGAUCUUCAUGACGUACAACGCCUACCUGUGCAUCGCGGUGGCCGCCGGGGCCGGGACGGGCUACUUCCUGUUCAGCUGGAAGAAGGCGGUGGUGGUGGACAUCACGGAACAUUGCCAUUAACGAGCGCUCGUUAGGGAAGGAGCUCUGUGCCCCGCCUCCAUCGGCAUUCCUAGAUGUUGGUACCGGGGGUAUUGGGGUAACCCUACAUACAGAGUGCCUUUAUUUGCCUCUAGCGGGGGUCAGUGACACUUUCCUUUGAGGAUAAAGUGGAUGAACCACAUGACCAUGUAGCCUCACCCCCUUCCCUCCUCUUCCUCUGCGCCAAUCAUACGGUGGCUCCUGGAAGACACGCCCUACAGUGUCACUGCAGCCAAUCAAGUCUUUGUCUCAUCUGAAGCCUGGCCUAAGCACCACCACUCUCAUUGGCCGGUCUGUACGUCAUGUGACCUUCCAGCCAGCCCUACGACUUCACAUGUUCGAUUCCCGUUAUCCCCACAUCCGAUUUCUACGGAACUUUCCAUGGAAGUAUAACGAGUCCGUGUGGCAGUAAAGCCGAUGUUCAACUGUAACAUUGUGUGUCUGUUUCAUACACUCGCCAGGUUAACUUGCCCUUUAAUCGUCCCUAUGAUAGUCUGGAGCUUUAAGCCCCGCCCCCUCGGUACCCCAAACGGCAGAAGUUCUAAUCCCAUCCCUUAGCGACCAAUUAUAACCCAAUAUUUAGAUGUGCCGCCAAGGGGCGGAGUCAAGGCGAUCACAUGUUCAUGUUAAUUGCAGAAUUAUUCGCAAUGUUACCGAUUUCAUUUUUUUUUAUUUAAGAUUUUUUUUUUUAUGGUUUUAUCUGCAUCAUGUGACCUUUUUAUAAAUUGCCUUUAUUUCCAAUAGUGAAAAAUAAUAAUAAUUAUUGAACCUUUUAAUAAACGAGAAUCUGCAGUCGGAA